AACCCAUAGCUUGUUAGAUUUUGCACCAUUACAAUAACCGCAAUUAGUUUCAUUCUUGAUUGAAACAGAAUUUAACUAGAUAAUACUACUCAUUUGAGUGUUUACAAUUAUAUAAUUUAAAUGGAAUUGGAAGGACAAGUUUUGAAUUCAUUAAUAACAUCUCAUUUUAGUAUGGUCAUUAUUGACGAUUACUUUAUUUUAUUUCGCAUUAAAUUUAUUAUCUAAUAAUUUAUGAAAAAAACAUUUACUUUUGCUGAUUUAAGUACUUCUAUUUAAUCAGGAAACAGUAAUCGUUAAAUUUAACAAACAGGUUCUAGCACUUAAAUAAGGUCUGUUAGUCUUCGAAAAGCCAUUUCCAGAAUCAAAUAGGAAAAUAGAGUUGCAAUUAUGGGAAUCAGUUCAAUAAGCAAUGCAUAAGUUCCUAAAAACUAGUCAUACUUUCAAAUCAAGUUAGAAUAAAAGCAUAAUCGAAUUUCCAAUCCCUCUCAAGAGCCCCAUACUAAUAUAAAUUAAAUUGAUCAUAAGAAAGAAACCAUAAGAAGAAUCAAUUAACUCCAACAAUACUGUAAAAGUCAAACUGCACUUGAAAUAGCUGCUUAGAAAUACUCAUUAAAGAAGACAUUUAAAGGAGCUUCUGAUUUAUCAACUGUUCCUACUUUGAUUGAUAAAUUAAACAGAGAUAUUAUAAAUAAGAAAUCUAAUGUCAUACAGGAUGUGAUGAAGGAGGAACUAAAAAGAAGAAUACCAAAAAAGUAAAAGGAAAUCAAUUAUGAACUGGAUUCUAUGUUCAAAAAUUAUAAAUCAUUCUCUUAACUAUGUUUGAAUCAAAAUACUAGCAUCCAAAAAGACAAGAUCUAUAAUGGAUAUUUGAAAGUAUAUAAUUCUGGAAAGAAUGAUAGAAUAUUUUUAAAUUAAAUUGAGGAAAGAAAGAAAAGUCUUAGUGAUGAGUCAGAAGAGUAUCGAGCAUUUCUUGGAGAAAUUGACGAAGCAACUAUCCAAAGGGAUGUAUAUAAUAAUAAUAUUCGAAAUCCUUUUCUGGAUGAUAAAGUAACUGUUAUGUAAAUGAAGAAGGAUGGAUUUUUGAAAAGAAGAAUAACAUAAUCCUGA